CCUGGAACUCCCCAAGUAACAGGAGGAGGAGGAAGGUCACACCCAGACCCCUGGAGAUGGAUCGAGUGACCAGAUACCCCAUCUUCAGCAAUCCCCACUCAGCACGUGUCACAAGCUUGGCCCUGGAUGAAGACACUAGCUACACCGUUGAGCUGGUGGGUGUGGGCCCUGAAGCUGACUGGAACCAGGAGGAUCUGCAGGCCUGGUCUGCUGGGUACCAGACCGGGCCAGAUAUGAAGAAAACAAGUGUGUCCUCCACCAGACGAGUCUUCUUUGGCCAGCCGUCCCCAAGGUCACUGUACCUGGAAGAUGAGGAUGAGGAGAUGGAUGCUUACCACCUGGAUAGCACUAGCGACGCCCCCUACAGCCAGCCAAGGGACCUGGAGGCGGAGCGCUGGGCGGUGAUCCAGAGCCAGGCAGUCAGGAAGGGUGGCACGGUGGCCACACUCCAGGCUGUGUCCGAUGGAGAGGACCCCAGGCUUGCCGGCCAACCUCGGUCCACAUUCACAGAGGAGAUCUUGGUGGACACAGAGCAAAUUGAUUUCCUGGCCGCUCGACAGCAAUUUCUGAGUUUAGAAAAGGCCAACGCGAACCCGGUCACAUGGGGCCCCACAGCCAGGGAGACCCUUGCACGUACCCCACCAGCAGUCAACCAGUCCCCCAAGACCUCCACCCAGCCCUGCCUAGCCAAUGGCUAUGCCGUUCCUGUUCUGUCACCAGUGAAGGAGGUGACCUGGGAGAAGUCUGUUCCUGUUUCCCCAGCUAGCUCCAUUCGUACAGCCACUGGCCCUGGCCACCAGACCCGAGCAGAGUCCCCUGAAACCCCGAAAGAGACCCCCAUUGAGAGAGAGAUCAGACUAGCCCAGGAGCGAGAGGCAGAACUGCGGGAGCAGAGAGGGCUCGGACCCGCUGCCGGGCAUCAAGAGCUGGUGCAGAUUCCCAGCAGGCCACUUCUCAGCAAGGUGAGCCUGGUGGAGACCCCACCACGAAGGGACAGGGGCCGCCCAUCCCUCUACGUGCAAAGGGACAUGGUGCAGGAGACACAGCGAGAAGAGGACCACCGGAGAGAGGGUCUGCAGGUGGGCAGGGCAUCCACACCCGACUGGCCUUCCCAGGACCCUCAGCCUGGACUGCAGAGAAGCUCCGAUAGCGUCCUCAGCCCAGAUGCCAGAGCCACAGACCCCAUCCCAGAGGCGAGGAAAGUAAAUCGGAUCCCACCGGAUGCCUACCAGCCCUAUCUGGGCUCCGGGACCCCCAAACUAGAAUUUUCGGCCUUCAGAGUGUACAGCAGCAAGCCAAGUAGUGUAUCCACAGAGGACACCUUCCAGAAGGCCACGGGGUCUCCCGGGCAUAGCUCAGAAUGCUCCGGAAGGCCUCCGAGCUCAAAACAAGAGCAGCCCAAGCCCACUGGGAAGCCCCUGCACGCCAACGGGGCUGUGGUGCAAUUACAGAAUUUCCAUCUGCGUCCGCUGCGAUUCAGGGUCCCCGAUGUCCCCCAGCGGGCCCAGACCUCCCAUAGCUGGGGCUGGGAGGUGCCUGGAGGCCCAAAGUUGAGGCUGCAGAAGUCACAGUCAUCUGAUCUGCUGGAAAAGGAGGUGGCAAGCGUCCUGCGGAGGGAGCGUGAAGUGGCUGAGGAGCGGAGGAACCUCUUCUUCCCAGAGGUGUUCUCCCCAGAGCUGGACCAGGACGAGAGCCUCGAGCAGGAGUCCCGGAGUUCCUCCCGGGCAUCUGGCGUCACCGGCAGCUACUCGGUGUCGGAAUCGCCGUUAUGCUCCCCCAUCCACCUGCACUCAGGCCUGGUGUGGAAAGUGGAGGCCCCAGAGGCCAGCGCUCUGGGCCAGAAGACAAAAAAGGAGACAUGGUAUGCAGGUAUCAACCCCUCAGACCGUGUCAACUCAGAGGUCCUGGGAGCCACCCGGGUAAUACGACACAAGAACGUCUUGGCAGAACGCUGGGAAGCGCACAUCUACGCAAGCGAGGAUGAAGACUGAGCCUGGAAAUGGGGGUACCCUCCCCCAUCCCACCCCAGUCCUGUAGUAGCUGCCAGGCCCGCCCU